CUGUUUUGUGGUCUAUAGAUUAUGAGAGGAUGAAGGUUCAGUGUUUGACCCAUUUCCAAUCAUUCUGGAAUUUAGCAUCUUUUCCCUCUCUCAGUAAUUGGAUAGAUGCUUAAUCCUAAAUAACACUCUCUUUAGUCACUUUUUAUUGACAUUUGUUAUAAUAUAAAAUACAAUGAAAUGAAAAUAAACAUUAAAGAAGAUGGGGAGGGAGGAAGUGCAGGAUUAAAAAAGGAGAAAAAGCUGUUGAUUUCCAAAUCAUUUCUAUAAAUACACACUAUUCAAUAGUUAACUAAAUUCUACAUUUCAUUUUUUAAAAUUUCUAGCAUAAAAACCAUAAGCAAUUUCCCAAUAGAAACAGGCCCAAAUAAAAUAUUAGUUUAAAAUAAAAGAAUAUUUAAAAUUAGAAAAGAAUAACAGAUUAAACAGGCUAAAAGAGCCUCUUUUAGUUUAACAGAGAGAGAGUGUUUUAAGUAAUGGAAGACUUGAUUUAAUGUCUUUCAGAAAAAAAAAACCCAAAUGGCUACUUUUUCAGCUGGGAAGUGGCUGUAUCCCUGCCUUUCAAUUGGAUGUUUGAGGCUAAUUUAGAGUUGCCUACAACUGCAUGUAGGCAUCAACACAUACCUAUCCUGUGAAGCGGUUGAAGGGUAAAUAGGUUUUCACAUAGCGGUAGACAGGCUGAUGAGUAUACCUCCCAAAUCCCAACAGCCCAUUGUAUGGAGGUGUGCAUUCUGCAUGAAGAUCGAUUGAUUUCUUGCUCUAUGUUUUGCUGUUCAAAUGCCCCCUAGUUGGAAUGUUACAUUUGCAGAAAUAUAAAUGGAACAUCUAUCUGUCCUUGAAUAACAAGGUGCAUAUAUUCCCUAACAUGCGAUACCAGAGAAGUCUGCUUAACUCUUCAUCCAGCAACUUCAGAGCACUAUUCCAGAGUCAUUUUAUGAACUGCCACUGUCUGGAGGAUCUUGUGCGGUGAUUUCUAUGAUUUUAAUCCAGGACACUUAUAUACAUUUAGGGAAUCUGUUUCCUGUUUGCAAAUUGGAAAAGCUUCUAACUUGAAAAGUCUUUUUGAGUUGUUCAGUUGACCAUGCUCCAUUGAAAGCCCCCUAAAUAACACUAAAAUCACAAUCUCGCAUACUGUGGUCACAGAUAUUGGAUUAAAUAGCAAUAACAAUAGCAAUUAGGCUUAUCUACCAUUUUACAGCCCUCUCUAAGCAGUUUACAGUCGGCAUAUUGCCCCCAACAACUUGGGUCCUCAUUUUACCCACCUUGGAAGGAUGAAAGGCUGAUUCAACCUUGAGCCUGGUGAGAUUUGAACUUCCAAAUUGCAAGCAGCCGACAAUCGGCAGAAGUAUCCUGCAGUACUGCAUUCUAACCAUUGCUCCACCAUGGCUUAUGAAGUUUUCCUUAUAUGUUUUAAAGAUAUUUUAUUUGUAAUUAUACUCUUAGGUUUACAAUUACAUUUCUAAUUGCAAACCUAAGAGUAAAUUAGCCUCUUUAAGUGUAGACUGGUAGCAGAUUCAUAAAAAAAUAUUUUACAUUGGGGCAAAAUACCUUUAAGAGCAAGUUGUACAUAAAACAUUUUAAGAUGAACAAGGAUGCAGGAUAAGAGCUAAGAAUGUGUUAACUUCUAGAAGGAUGAUUGCGAUCAAUGUUAGAAAUUAUUGUGAUUGAAAGAAGAUGCAAAGGAAAGGUUGGUGUGGGUGCUUUUAGGAUGGAGAAUUGGAAGUUAUUGAGGAGGGGGGAAAUCCUGAAUCGCUCCUGAGAAUCAACACCAGCCCUAAAUUUUGUAGGCUGCUCCAUGAAAAAAAAAAAGAGAAUGACUGUUCUUACAUUACUUAUUCUAGGCUUGCAAGCUAAUGACACUUAUAACUAGAAUAAAAUAAAUUUCAGAAACUUUACAAAACCGACAUGAUUGCAGGUUCCCCCCCACUUUUUCUGUUCCUGUUGAGUAAAUAAAUUCGCUUUCAAUUAGUUUUCCAGGCUAAUUCUAAGAUGGACUCCUUAUUUUUAUCUCAUCAAUUCCCAGCGUGCCAUUAAUUUCCAUCUCUAGACUCAGCAAUGACAUAAGCAGCUUCAGUACCUCUUUGUUUGUUGUCCUUCCAUUAGAGAAGGGGUCUCAGCAAAGCUGGCUGAGGAACUCUGGGAGUUGAAGUCCACAAGUCUUAAAGGGACCAAGGUUGGAGACCCCUGCAUUAGAGCAUAAAUUCACAUCUGUUUAGCUUGUUUAAUUAUGCAAGUUUUAACAUCUAUAUAAUAAUAGCAAUUAUUAUAUAUAGUUUCUCGAGCAAAAGAGGACAUGAAUUAAGCUGAGAUGAAUGAUGACAGAAGCGUUUACAAAUUGAAAAUAACAUCCCACGUCCCAUAUGUAUGUCUGGUCAGUGGGUAAAUGAUCUGGAUUUAGGAGAUAUAGUGAAAGAACCGGUGUCAUGGUCAGAUCAUUUUCUCCUUCGCCUAGACUUUCGGACCGCUGCUCCCCCCGCAGGGAGACGGAGCCGAUGCGUUGGUUCCGUCCCAGGCGCCUGAUGGACCCGGAGAGGUUCCUGACGGAGCUUGGGCCGUUUCCUGAGGAUCUUACCCACGGCACGACUGAAGAACUGGUUGCAGCUUGGGAACGGGCCGCGGCUGGGGCUUUGGACCGUGUCGUGCCUUUGCGGCCUCUGACCCGGCGUAGAUCUCAAUUGGCUCCCUGGUUCUCAGAGGAGCUGAGAGAGAUGAAACGCCGGAGAAGACGCCUAGAGAAUAUUUGGAGGUCCAGCCGUUCCGAGGCUGAUCGGACACUAGUGAGGUCUUUUACUAAGACCUACCUAGUGGCAAUGAGGGAGGCGAAACGUUCCUACGUUUCCACCCUCAUUGCAUCGGCAGAUAACCGCCCGGCUGCCCUGUUUCGGGUGACCCGUUCCCUCCUUCAACAGGAGGGAUGGGAUGACCCCCUACGGGGACGAGCUGAGGAGUUUAACGGUUAUCUAUACGAUAAAAUCGUUCAGCUUCGUGAUGGCUUGGACCAUGAUUGCGAUGAUUCAGCCGAGAUGGCAGAGACACGUCUUGUUGAGGUUAUUUGGAAUGAGUUUGAUUCUGUGGCUCUCGAGGACGUGGACAGGUUGCUGGGGAGGUUGCAUGCAACUACAUGUUUACUGGACCCGUGUCCUUCCUGGUUAGUGCUGGCUGCUCAGGAAGUGACAUGAGGCUGGCUCCAGGGGAUUAUAAAUGCUUCUUUGGUUGAAGGGGUUUUCCCCGCCGCCUUGAAAGAGGCGGUGGUGAGACCUCUCCUGAAGAAGCCUUCCCUGGACCCAGCUAUUUUGGGAAACUACCGUCCAGUCUCCAACCUUCGCUUUUUAGUGAAGGUUGUAGAGAGUGUGGUUGCAUGGCAGCUUCCCCGGCACCUGGAGGAAGCUGUCUAUCUAGACCCGUUCCAGUCUGGCUUCCGACCCGGUUACAGCACGGAGACGGCUUUGGUUGCAUUGGUGGAUGACCUCUGGAGGGCCAGGGACAGGGGUUGUUCCUCUGCCCUGGUCCUAUUAGAUCUCUCAGCGGCUUUUGAUACCAUCGACCAUGGUAUCCUGCUGCGCCGGUUGGAGGGAUUGGGAUUGGGAGGCACUGUUUAUCGGUGGUUCUCCUCCUAUCUCUCCAACCGGUCGCAGAUGGUGUUGACGGGGGCAGAGGUCGUCCUCGAGGUGCCUCACUUGUGGAGUACCCCAGGGAUCGAUUCUCUCGCCUACUCUGUUCAACAUCUACAUGAAGCCGCUGAGUGAGGUCAUCAGUGGUUUUGGGGUGAGUUAUCAUCUGUACGCUGAUGAUACUCAACUGUACUUUUCCACCCCGGACCACCCCAACGAAGCGGUUGAAGUGCUGUCCCGGUGCCUGGAAGCUGUACGGGUCUGGAUGGGGAGAAACAGACUCAAGCUCAAUCCCUCCAAGACGGAGUGGCUGUGGAUGCCGGCACCCCGGUACAGUCAGCUGCAUCCGCAGCUGACUGUUGGGGGCGAGUUAGUGGCCCCAAAGGAGGUGGUUUGCAACUUGGGCGUCCUCCUGGAUGGACGGCUGUCCUUUGAUGAACAUCUGGCGGCCGUCUCCAGGAGGGCCUUUUACCAAGUUCGCUUGGUCCGCCAGUUGCGUCCCUUCCUUGACCGGGAUGCCUUAUGCACAGUCACUCACGCUCUGGUUACGUCUCGGCUGGAUUACUGCAAUGCUCUCUACAUGGGGCUGCCCUUGAGGUGCACCCGGAGGCUGCAGUUAGUCCAGAAUGCAGCUGCGCGAGUAGUAAUGGGAGCCGCUCGUGGCUCCCACGUAACACCACUGCUCCGUAGUCUGCACUGGCUUCCUGUGGUCUUUCGGGUGCGCUUCAAGAUUCUGGUUACCACCUUUAAAGCGCUCCAUGGCUUAGGACCCGGGUACUUACGAGACCGCCUGCUGUUACCCUAUGCCUCCCACCGACCCGUACGCUCUCACAGAGAGGGUCUUCUCAGGGUGCCGUCCGCCAAACAAUGUCGGCUGGCGGCCCCCAGGAGUAGGGCCUUCUCUGUGGGAGCAUCGACGCUCUGGAAUGAACUCCCCCCUGGCAUACGUCAAGUGCCUGAUCUUCGGACCUUCCGUCGUGAGCUAAAAACAUAUUUAUUUAUUCAAGCGGGACUGGCAUAAAUAGUUUGAUUUUAAAUUGGGGUUUUAUUAAUAUUUUAAAUUUUAAAUUCAUUUUAAUUGUCAGCCGUUUAGUAAUUGUUAUAUUUUAAUUUUUGUUUUAAUUGUAUAUAUCCUGUAUUUUAUUCUGGCUGUACACCACCCUGAGUC